UGCUUCUAUCAAAGAUUGCUGCACUGGAGAGAAAACCACAGACAAGUGCAUCUUCAGAGUCUUGCUCAAUAAAAAGAGAAAAACAUCUACGGGCACAGCCUGGCACAACUGCAGAGAAGAGACCUCAUAUACAUACAGAUAGUGUAGCUGGAAAUACAAGAUGUCGUCCAUAUCAGUUCCUGGAAGCGGAGAUGAAAUGUUUAGCAUUGCUGAUAUAAUUGCAAAGAAACGUGACGGAUUGAAACUGUCCCCACAAGAGAUUCGACAUGUGGUAAAAGCAACAACAACUGGCCAAGCUCAGGAUUGUCAGCUAGGCGCUCUCCUUAUGGCAAUUCGUCUUAAAGAAAUGAACCCAGAAGAAACCAUGACACUGACAAAGGCAAUGGUGGACUCUGGCAGUGUACUAGAAUGGCCAGAGAAAUGGAAAGGUUUGUUAGUUGACAAACAUUCUACAGGAGGAGUUGGGGACAAAGUAAGCCUACCGUUGGCUCCAGCACUCGCUGCCUGUGGUUGCAAGGUUCCAAUGAUCAGUGGGCGAGGACUAGGGCACACUGGAGGAACUUUGGAUAAGCUGGAGUCUAUUCCAGGUUUCAGCACACAGCAGAGCCCAGAACAGAUGCUGGAAAUCCUAAAAUCUGUGGGUUGCUGCAUUGUUGGACAAUCAAAGAACCUUGUACCAGCUGAUAAGAUCUUUUAUGAGAUGCGAGAUGUGACAGGAACAGUAGACAGUCUGCCACUUAUAACAGCUUCUAUCAUGAGUAAAAAGGUGGCCGAGAGUCUUUCUGCUUUAAUACUGGAUGUAAAGUUUGGUGCAGCAGCUCAAAGUCCAACCAUAGAAGAAGCAAAGCAUCUUGCACAUAGUCUUGUAGAUGUUGGCGACUCUCUGGGAAUCCCUACAAUUGCUCUUCUUACUAACAUGGAUACUCCCAUUGGUCGCUGUGUGGGAAACAGCCUUGAAGUCAUAGAAGCCCUAGAGUGUUUGGAGGGACGAGGGCCUGAAGACCUCAGAGAGCUAGUGCUGCGUGCAGGUGGCAGUCUCCUCUGGCUUUGUGGAAAGACUGAUUCAGAAACACAAGGAGCAGAAAAAAUUGCCGAAGUCUUACUUGAUGGAUCUGCACUGCAAUGUUUCCGAAAGAUGCUGGAAGCACAGGGUGUGAAACCUGACAUAGCAAGGACUCUUAGCUCCAGCAGCGAAUUGGGAAAAGCAUCUAAUGUAGAAGAACUUAAAGUUCCCAAAACAGGUACGGUGCAGUUAAUCCAAGCCAGACCGAUUGCCGAAAUACUGAGCGCUCUUGGGGCUGGGAGGAAGAAAGCAACAGAUGUAAUUAACCAUAAUGUUGGAGCAGAACUGCUUGUGAGAGUGGGACAGCAAGUAAAGACAGGAGAUCCAUGGAUACGGGUUCAUUAUGAGAAACCACUUCUUCAAGACACACAACGACAGGUCCUUCAGAAUGCUCUUUGCAUUUUACAACAACCUGCCUUUAUCCCUCCGUCUCUUAUUAGGGGUGUUAUUUAUGGUAAAUUUAAGAAGGAAGAGAAUGGAGAAACUGUACUCCGGGAGGGGGAGAUCAGCUGAGUGUCAAUUUACAACUGUAUCUUAUU